CGGGGAUGAGAGUGGGACACAGUUGCCUAUCCCCAUAACCUGGGCAUCCGAAGGAAUGGUUCUAUAGGAGACACAGAAAUGAAAAUGACUACCUUUUCCUGGGAUCUGGAUUACACUGGUUUAGAGUUUCCAACCGGUUACCCUGAGAUCGACCUGAAUGCUGCUCCCUGCACUCAGACCGAGGUCGGCGCCUUCGCCCGCUACUUUGGCCCAGCCGUCUUCUCCGUGGCCUUCGUGGUGGGGCUGGUUGGCAAUGGGCUAGUCCUGGCCAUCUUGGGGGUCCACCGUUGUCCCUGGCUCUUUGCAGACUGUUACCUCUUCCAGCUGGCCAUUGCCGACCUUCUUCUGGUCUUGGCCCUGCCUUUCCGGGCCACACAGUUCACCCAGUCAUGGGACUUUGGCGAGUUCCUUUGCAAGCUGGUGGGGGCCCUAUCCACUAUGAACAGCUAUAGCACUGCCUUCCUCCUGGCAUGCAUUGCUAUCGAGCGCUAUUUGGCCAUCGUCCAUGCUGUCCAGCUUGACCGGCGCUUGACGCCAUCCCACACCUACCUGACCUCUGCUCUGCUGUGGGGCAUUUGUGUCGGACUCUCUGCCGUGGAGCUCCAUUUUCGUACUGUGUCCUACACCCCACAAGCUGGAACCGUCACCUGCCACCUGGGAUUCGGUGCCCAGGAAGCCGAUUCAUGGCGGUUGGGUCUCCGCCUGGUCUCCUUCCUCUUCGGCUUCUUCUUCCCUCUCUUGGUGAUGGCAUAUUGCUACGGUCGGAUCAUGGCCAAGCUGCGCAAGGCUCGGCUCUUCUGGAGGGUGAUGGCCUUGCGUCUGCCGGCGGUGAUCCUGGUCCUCUUCGUCCUCUGCUGGGGUCCCUUCCACGGCUUCAUCCUUGUGGACAGCUUGCAACGUUUGGGCCACUUGGCCAGAGAUUGUGCCCGGGAGCAGAUUCUGGACUUUGGCCUCCUCUUCACGGAAAGCUUGGGCCUGGUUCACUGUUGCCUCAACCCCUUGGUUUAUGCCUUCGUGGGGGUCAGGUUCAGAAGGGAGCUUUAUGGAUUGUUCCAGAAUUGGGUGCAAUGCCAAGGAUGCCAAGGACGUUGCCCAAGUCUGGAACAGAGUGGCCAAGCCACGGAGUCUAGUGUUGUCCAAGGCGGGGAAUAUUCCAUUAUGAUAUGAGAAUUGCGGCAGAGAGGGAAAUCCUAAAUAGAGCAUCCCAUCUCUUCCUAGAAAAGAAUAGGAACUACAGAAAGAAAGAAUGAGCCCCAAAUUUGAAAUCCUCAGAGGAGGCCCUGUUGCGUGUCCCUAUAGUUUAUGAAGUCAGGUUGGGUGUACAUGUAACACACUCUGUAGCAACAACGCAAUUGUGCAACUCCCUGUUCCAGGAUGCUCAGCAGACUCCAUCUCUUCUCAGCUUCUGGUGCUGUUCUUAUGCACAGUCUCCAGUGUUUAUUAGUAUAUUUUAUGGUUGGUUCUGGAAUAUUUAAAUAAAAUGUUGCAGAGAAUAUUAUUAUAUGUUUAUAAAAUCCACAGAUUCAAGCAUGCAUGGUUUAAAAAUGUCUUUAAAACAGAUGCUUAUUUUGCCAUUUUAUACAAGGGGCACUAUUUCAUUAUGCUGUUUAAUGAGACUUGCAUAUUCGUGGAUUUUGGUAUCCAUGGAAAGGUCCUGGAACCAAAACCCAGC